AUGGGCUCCACGGCGGGCCAGGCGCCCGAGUGGACCGUAUGUCGAUUCUUGAGUGCCAUUGGAAAACAUAGAGCUAACAUGAGUACAGGCCCCAAAAAGAUUUUCAACUACGAUCACUACUCGACAUCAUGUCAUUUUGCAGCACCACUCGUCGAUCGAGAUGCUUUAAGAAACCCACUGACUCACAGCAUCAGUUUCUUCAAGGAGAGAGGGCAUACAGUCGUCGCUUCCGGCUCAGUCGUACCACUGGAUGAUCCGACUCUCCUCUUCACAAAUGCUGGCAUGAACCAAUUCAAGUCCAUCUUCUUGGGAACAGUCGACCCCAACUCCGACUUUGCCAAGCUCAAAAGCGCCGCCGACUCGCAGAAGUGUAUCCGUGCGGGUGGCAAGCACAACGAUUUGGACGACGUGGGUAAGGACAGCUACCAUCAUACGUUCUUUGAGAUGCUGGGGAACUGGUCUUUCGGCGACUACUUCAAGAAGGAAGCGACGAAAUAUGCUUGGGAGCUGUUGACCAAGACUUUCAAGCUGGACCCGGAUCGGCUGUAUAUUACUUAUUUUGAAGGCAAGGCGGAUGCUGGUCUGGAGCCGGAUCUUGAGGCCAAGCAGUUCUGGAUGGACAUUGGCGUCGCUGAGGAUCAUAUUCUCCCUGGCAAUAUGAAGGACAAUUUCUGGGAGAUGGGUGAUCAGGGCCCCUGCGGUCCUUGCUCAGAAGUGCAUUACGAUCGCAUCGGUGGUCGUAACGCUGCACACCUGGUCAACAUGGACGAUCCUAAUGUGCUGGAGAUCUGGAAUAUCGUCUUCAUUCAGUACAACCGAGAGCCUGAUCGAUCACUGAAGCCGUUGCCAAACAAGCAUAUCGAUACUGGUCUGGGUUUCGAGCGACUAGUCUCAGUGCUGCAGAACAAGCCAUCGAACUACGACACAGACGUCUUCACGCCACUAUUCAAGCGUAUACAGGAAGUCACUGGAGCCCGCGAAUACGCAGGCAAAUUCGGCGAGGAGGACACAGACAACAUCGAUACAUCAUAUCGUGUUGUCGCAGAUCACGUUCGACUCCUCACUUUCGCCAUCACCGAUGGUGGCGUUCCCAACAAUGUUGGCAGAGGCUACGUCGUACGACGAGUGCUGAGAAGAGGCGCUCGCUAUGCACGAAAGUACUUCAACACGGACAUUGGCAACUUCUUCUCCAAGAUCGUGCCUACGCUUGUUGAGCAAGUUGGUGAGAUGUUCCCGGAGAUCAAAGCCAAGGAAGCCGAUAUCAAGGAGAUCUUGGACGAGGAGGAACUCAGCUUCGCCAAGACGCUGGAUCGUGGCGAGAAUAUGUUCGAGAAGUAUGCGGAAGAGGCGAAGAAGAAGGGGUCGACGAGUCUUUCGGGCUCAGAUGUGUGGCGGUUAUACGACACUUAUGGCUUCCCGGUCGAUCUCACGAAGCUGAUGGCGGAAGAGCGCGGCCUGACGAUCGACGAUGAGGAGGUUUCGCAGGCGCAAGAGAAGGCGCGAGAAGCCAGCAAGGGUGAGAAGAAGGCGGCUGCUGAUCUGCUGAAGCUGAAUGUGCACGACAUCAAUGCGCUCGAGAAGAUGCCUGAUGUGCCGAAGACGGACGACUCGCCGAAGUUUCAGCGUGACAAUGUCAAAGGUACUGUUCGGGCGAUCUACCAUGGCGGCAAUUUCCCGCAAUCGACAUCAGAGGCGCCGCAAGGUGAUCAGAUUGGUCUCAUACUCGAUCGCACCAACUUCUACGCCGAGCAAGGUGGUCAAGAAUUCGACACUGGACGGCUCGUGAUUGAUGGUGUUGCUGAGCUGGAUGUGCAGAAUGUGCAGGUCUAUGCGGGCUAUGUCAUGCACACCGGCUUCAUGAACUAUGGCGAGCUAAAGGUCGGCGACGAAAUCCUCUGCGAGUACGACGAGCUCCGGCGGCAACCCAUUCGGAACAACCACACCGGUACCCAUAUCCUCAACUUUGCAUUACGAGAAGUUCUGGGUGAUGAGAUCAACCAGCGUGGAUCACUUGUUGCACCGGAGAAAUUGCGUUUCGACUUCUCGCACAAAGCUGGUUGCUCGGAUGAGGAAUUGACGAAGGUGGAGGAUCUAUGCACGAGUUACAUCCGCCAAAACAGCGAGGUAUACGCUAAAGACGUGCCGCUGUCCAAGGCGCGGGAGAUCGAAGGUGUGCGUGCUGUAUUCGGCGAGACAUACCCGGAUCCUGUGCGAGUCGUUAGUAUCGGUGUACCAGUAGAAGAGCUGCUGGAGGAUGUCAAGCGCUCCGAAUGGCGAAGUGUCUCCGUCGAGUUCUGCGGCGGUACGCACGUCAAGAACACGACUGAAAUCAAAGAUCUGGUCGUGCUGGAAGAAAGCGGGAUCGCCAAGGGAAUCCGCCGUAUUGUCGCCGUCACGGGCGCCACAGCCCACAGCGCCCAACGGGAAGCCAAAGAAUGGGACGCUAAAAUUACCAAGCUCGAAGCCAUGCAAUACGGCCCUGACAAGGAAGCCGCCACCAAAGAGUCCCAACAAGAACUCGGCCGAACCGAAAUCUCCGCCGUCGCCAAGACCAAACUCCGCGAUCGUGUCGCGAAAGUGGUGAAGGAGAACCUCGACCAUCAGAAAUCGGCCCAGAAAGCCGAGAACAAGAAAGUCCUAGACGCCAUAACCGAGCACUUCUCCACGCAAAAAGAUGCGCAAACCCUCGUUCUCAGCCUCCCCGUCUCCUCUGGCUCUAAAGCCGUGCAAGAGGCAAUCAAGAUGGUGAGUACGAAACAGAAGGAUAAAACGGUCUACUUGCUUCUCAAGGCCGAGGAUAAGGUGAUGCAUGGGUGUUUUGUCUCCGAGCAGGCGCAGAAGAAGGGCGUGGAUGCUGGGAAGUGGGCUGGGACGGUUGCUGAGGUUGUAGGGGGAAAGGCGGGGGGGAAGGGGGGGACGUGUUUGGGGCAGGGGACGCAGGUGGAGAGGGUGGAGGAGGCGGUUGAAGUUGCGAGGAGGUAUUUGGAGGAGUUGAAGGUGUAG